AUGAUAAGCGAUGAUGCAUAUGAUAGAACGUAUGUUAUCGAAUUGUAUAAUUAUUUACGUCCAGGAUCUUCUGGGGGUACACUGAAAAAUAUCAAAUGUACUCUGAAAACUUUGGAAAAAAUAUCUCAUAUGAAAUUUGAUGUUGAACCUUGGGAAAAUAUUCGUUAUUUGUUCAAUAAUUCACCUGAUAAUGAAGCAAAUAAUGAAAUAAAAAGAAAAUUAAUUAAUGACUAUAGGAACAAAUCAUUGAUGAGAAUUCCAAGAUCUAAAACUACAUUAGCAAAAGAAAUAUGGAAAAUGUUAAUUGCUGAUGAUUUAACAUCUAAAGGGAUAUUCCGAUGCUCCCCAACAUUAGACACAAUCAAAGAUGAAUCAACCAAAAACAUGUAUUAUGACUCAGAAUAUGAUUUUAUUUAG